AUGGGUGCUUACGACUUAACGCUGGGCACUUUGCUCGUCGGCAUCUGGUUCAACACGUACCUGUACGGUAUCGUCACUUACCAGUCUGCGGCUUACUGGCGCACGCCCUUCAAUGAUCACCUACUCAUCAAGGCGAUGGUCCUAUUCUUAUUUGUGCUAGACACGGUCCAUAGUGCAGCAGUAUUGGAGAUGGCUUGGUACUACUGUGUGACAAACUACGCCAACCCCGAGGCUCUGGGGGUUGCCCAUUGGCCAUACACGUUCACACCCAUCGCCACGGCGUUGGCGGCGUUUGUCACACAGGCGUUCCUCGGAUACCGGGUGUUCCGCUUGCUACACAACAACAAGUACAUCUACGGUUUCUUGCUUACAUGCGCAUUCAUCUCCAUGGUCCUCGGUAUAUACUGCGGCUCCAAGGCUUGGUCUAUUGCUGUACUUGCCGAGCUCUCCGUGCUCACGCCACCCGUCACCGCUUGGCUGUCUCUUCAAGCAAGUCUGGACCUCAUACUUUGUGGUCUCCUUGUUUAUUGCUUCUUGGGCUCUCGUACCGGAUUCCGUAGGACAGACGACGUCCUGAACCAGCUCAUUCGCGGCGCCAUUCAGACGGGGGUCUUCGCGGCCAUGUUUGCCCUCGCCGACCUGGCCACCUUCAUUCAAUAUCCCACGGCUAACUUCUAUGGCAUGUUCGCCAUCCCUAUCGGUCGUAUCUACACCAACACACUCCUUGACACGCUUCUCACCCGCGAGACAUUGCGCAACAAAUUCUCGUCGGACGAUCACCAGAGCUCUCCGACGGCGGCGGCGCCCCGCAGUGAACUUCGCUGGGGCCACUCGCACUCCGGAGAGGAGACCACCGCUGAUUACCAACUGGAUAACCGCGACGCAACCGCUACAACACUCGACGUUGGUGUCAAGUCAGUCGGCCUUGAUCCGACCGGCAGCAUAGGCUCCGACCGCGACCAUGGUCAUGACGACCGCAAGGCCCCUUCUAUGGCCUGA